GCUGUGGUUGACGUUCCCCUCCCCUCCCGCCGCCAUGUUCUGAGCAGCUAUCCCACCGCCGCGGACAGAAAAAUAAUAACAAAUCAUAAUGAUCAUUCUUCGGUGAGAGGAGAAACAAAACCCAGCCAGCACGGGUCAUCGAAGAGUUUGCUUUCGCGUGUCCCCGGACAGAAAAUCACCUUUAUAUUUUGUUUGUGUUGGGGGAAGGAAGCCGGUAGCUGUUCUGUCACUCAGUUUUCGAUGUGAUCUGUUCCAAGACGUAAAGAUCUAUUUUUGAGGGGAAACAUUGAUCAGCUUUUGACUAAUUUUGGAAUGAUCCAGUGGUAAAGACUGUGGAUACUGGGUACAUUGGCAGAAGUUUUAAACCAGCCAACAUUUGUGUCCUGGAUAUUGCUCAUAUAUUGAGUGCCAUUACAACUAAACUUGUCCAGGAUGGCUUAAAAGGUGGCUGAGAUAGUUUUGUGGGUCCGAGUUGCUCACUCUUGAUCAGAUGAUGGUUGAAAUAAUAAACUAAGAUUUGAUCUUAAGUGGAACAGCAAAGUGAUACCAAAGAAUUGUACAUAAACUGCAACAGUGGAAUUGACAUGGAUGAAGACGGACAACAUAGUUUGGAAUGUAUCCAAGCCAAUCAGAUCUUUCCCAGAAAAAAACUAAUUAGAGAAGAAGAAAACCUCCAGGUUCCAUUUCCUGAGCUUCAUGGAGAAAGCACAGAAUACAUAGGACGUGCUGAAGAUGCAGUUAUUGCUUUGUCUAAUUACAGAUUGCACAUCAAAUUUAAGGAAACACUUGUUAAUAGUAUUUACCAAAAUACUUGUUCUGAACUGUCAGUUCCUUUGCAACUCAUUGAAAGUGUUGAAUGCCGUGAGAUGUUCCAGCUUCAUUUGACUUGUAAAGAUUGCAAAGUUAUCAGGUGUCAAUUUUCUACCUUUGAACAAUGUCAAGAGUGGAUAAAACGUCUAAACAAUGUCAUACGACCCCCUGCAAAGAUAGAAGACCUUUUUGCCUUUGCUUAUCAUGCUUGGUGUAUGGACGUAUAUGCCAGUGAAAAAGAGCAACAUGGAGACUUGUGUCGACCAGGUGAGCAUGUUGGUUCAAGAUUUAAAAAUGAAGUGGAGCGAAUGUCUUUUGACAUGCAAAAUGCAUGGAGGAUCACAAAUAUCAACACUAAAUACAAGUUAUGUGCCAGUUACCCACAACAAUUACUUGUACCGGCUUGGCUAACUGAUAAAGAACUUGAAAGUGUUGGAAACUUCAGAUCAUGGAAAAGAAUUCCCAGUGUUGUCUACAGGCAUCAGGGUAACGGAGCAGUGAUUGCACGCUGCGGUCAGCCUGAGGUUAGCUGGUGGGGUUGGAGGAAUGCAGAUGACGAGCACCUAAUACAGUCUGUUGCAAAAGCUUGUGCCAUGGAUAACAGUCCGACCAAACACAUCAAUGGCAACUGUAUACGAGAUUUUCCUAAUGGCAGUGACCUCUCUGAUGGAGAAUUUGAUUCUACAAUAACUAAUACAACUGGAGUAGAAAAUGUAUGCAGUCCGCCACAUAAACUUUUGAUAUUGGAUGCCAGGUCAUAUGCAGCCGCCGUAGCUAACAGGGCAAAGGGUGGUGGAUGUGAAUGCCCCGAAUAUUACCCCAACUGCGAAGUAGUAUUCAUGGGUAUGGCUAAUAUUCAUUCCAUUCGGAAGAGUUUCCAGUCACUGAGAUUUCUUUGUACUCAGAUGCCAGACCCUGGAAACAGUUGGUUAUCAGCAUUGGAAGGUACCAAGUGGCUUCAGCAUUUGUCCACGCUCUUAAAAGCAGCAGUACUUGUAAUCAAUGCAGUCGAUCGAGACCAGCGACCGGUUUUAGUACACUGCUCUGAUGGUUGGGACAGAACACCACAGAUAGUGGCUCUAUCAAAAUUAUUGCUGGAUCCUUAUUACAGAACAAUUGAGGGCUUUCAGGUACUGGUAGAAAUGGAAUGGCUGGAUUUUGGUCAUAAAUUUGCUGAUCGGUGUGGCCAUGGAGAAAACUCGGAUGAUUUUAAUGAACGCUGUCCUGUGUUUCUUCAAUGGUUGGAUUGUGUCCACCAGUUACAGAGACAGUUCCCUUGUUCAUUUGAGUUUAAUGAAGCAUUCCUUGUUAAAUUGGUGCAGCAUACAUAUUCUUGCCUUUUUGGAACAUUCCUGUGCAACAGUGCAAAGGAGCGUGAAGCGAAACACACUCGGGAAAGAACCUGUUCUGUUUGGUCACUACUGAGGCCUGCCAACAAAGCCUUUAGAAAUCUUCUAUACUCCUCACAAUCUGAAACUGUACUGCAUCCUGUGUGCCAUGUAAGGAAUUUGAUGCUUUGGAAUGCAGUGUACAUCCCCAAUUCAUCUCCCUCUACACCUACUGAUGACCAUUGUGCACCUUAUCCAGUUCCAAGGUCCAUUCCUGAAGAUCAGACAAUGGGAAGGUUACCAAAGACAAGAUCAUUUGACAACCUGACAACUGUUUGUGAUAAUCCUGGGCCUACGGCAAAUCGACGCUCCAGUGAUCCAAGCCUAAAUGACAAAUGGCAGGAGCAUCGCAAGUCAUUGGAACUUAAUAGUGUUGGAUUUGGAGAAUUGAUGGAUGGGAAUGGACUAGAUGAUUCCUUCAGCAAUGAAGCACUGGAAUUGGGAAAACUGGGAAAGAAUCCAUUAGGAGCCGAACUUUCUGUGGCUGCUGGUGUUGGGGAAGGUCAAAUAGAGAAUGUUUUACAAGAAGCUUCUAAAGAGGAUGGUGGGUUGAGGGAACAAUCAAAGGAAGUAACAGUGAUAGAAGUAAAACAAGAAGUAAACGUAUUAGGUAGUGAAAGUGAGCUUGAUUCUGGCCUGAGUAACCAGUUGGUAACUUUUGUCACGGACUCUUCAGAAACGUUAGCAAUUAAUGAAAUGAAAGAUGCUGAGCCUGAAUCUGGGCUUGUUACAAGCUCAGAUGAAGAGACUCAGGAGAACUUUUUGGAGUCCAUUAAUCAUAUUCAAAUGCUACCUUGUGUAAGAGAUGUUCCAGCUGAUGGCCUACCAAGCUAUACAAAUCCAUUUGUUGCAGUAGAGGAUUUUGUUGACUCAAACGUUGAACCAGAAAGUCACUUUACUACACCACAACCUUGCUUACCACAAUUAUUUGCUACAGACAAACUGGACGAGAAAAUAUCUACGUUGGAAAGUUCUACAGAAACGUUAACAGAAGAUGGAGCAAAGCAGGAUGUGCCACAAACCUACUCUAAUAAACUUUAUUUGAAUACUAGGGCCAAUGGUACCUUGCUACCUGUUACAGACUCUGAUGAUUUUUCUCCGUUUUUGCCUGAAAACCAGGAUACAGUAGUGAAAUUGAGAUCAUCCGAUGCAAAUAGGACUUUGGUUAAAAGCGUCCAGAGUACACAGCCUCCUCCUUGUGCCUUGUCAUUCGAUGAAUGUAAGGAUGGAUUUACUCCAAAUGGAGAAGAGAGUAAUGAAAAUACAAUAAUCGAGAAAGCAGUGGAUUUUGGGAGUGGUGUUCAAAGAAAUAUCACAGUUAAUGGACUCUGUAUGAAUGGAGAUGAAGGAAGGGGGAAAAUGGUGUUAAGUAGACAAGUUUCUGCAGCGAGUUGCAGUUCUUUGCAGUUUCCAUCUGGCCAUUUUAGGAACCCCCAGUUCAAGUGGCCUCAAUACUAUUCUGGAAAACAGCAGCCAAUAACAAGCCCAGAUCAACCUGCGCGAAGCCACUUGGAUGACGAUGGACUGGCCACGUACAGUGACGUUAUUCAACAGCGACUCCGUCAGAUGGAGUCAGGGCAUCAACAAGAAGUAGAAACUUUGAAAAAACAGGUACAAGAACUGUGGAGCAGGCUGGAAUGUCAGCAUUUUAGCAAUUCAUCUCUGCGAUUUAAUGGAGAUUUUAGUGAUGAAGUGACCUCUAUCCCAGACUCUGAGAGUAAUAUGGAUCAAAAUUGCUUAUCUCGCUGUAGCACGGAAAUAUUCUCCGAAACUAGUUGGGAACAAGUGGAGAAACAGGACACAGAGGUAACUCGAUGGUAUCCUGAUCAUUUGGCUCCACAGUGCUAUGGUUGUGAAAGUCGAUUUUGGCUAGCUAGCAGAAAACACCAUUGCAGGGACAGGGAGCCUGUUGAUGACACAUGGAAUUGUGGGAAUGUAUUUUGCUCGAGUUGUUGCAAUCAGAAGAUCCCAGUGCCGAGUCAGCAUCUUUUUGAGCCUAGCCGCGUCUGUAAAUCCUGCUACAGCAGUCUGCAGCCCAAUGGGUCCACGCUAGAAAUGGAACUGGACAAACCCAUUGCAGCUUCUUCAAACUAAGGACAUUGUCUUUUUUCCCGGAAACACGCUUAUUUUGAGAUGGUGUACAAGAAGCCAAACUCUUUGUGUUACUGUGCACUUGAGAUAGGACUAAAUGCACAUAAUAGCUUGGAGAUUCUAACAGGAUGUGGUGGAUGCAGGCAUACUUAGGGUAACUUAACGCAGCUUGGAAAUUUAUUUACGGUGACUUGUGGUGACUGGAAUAGAAUGGGCAGUGCAGUAUAUUACUGUAUUAACCAAAGGCCUUAGACCUGCAGAAGUGGUAAACACAUUUUGUUGGAAGAUUGCAUUAUCGCACUACUCCUUCUACAUGUGUAAUUGAAUAUGUAAAAUCUUAAUAUAGAUCAGUGUUAAUUAUGUUCCUUUUUAUUUACUAAAUAAAUUGAGUUUUUGGCAUGUACAAAAGUAUUAUAAAUGCCCUUAGUUGCAGCAGAAUGAAUUGACAGUGAGCUGAUGGGCACUGAAGGAAUGAAAUGUUUUAAGCUUUGUUUACACAAUGUAUUGUAAGCUCAAAUGUUUUUGUUUUCUAUUUGAAACAGGAUUUCUUUUGAGCUUGGUGAAUUAACCUUUUCUGCUGUGAUUCUGAAACGCAAAUGAAGGUUAGAGGAGGUCAAAAAAUGAGAAGUUGUGGAUAGGUGCCAUUGUUUAUGAUACGGGUUUCUGGGAUUGUGUUUUAAAAGCAUAUUUGACAUUCACUUGUCAUUUCAUUUUCUUCAUGUAAGCACUUUUUAUUUUACUCUGUAAAUAAAGAGGACAAAAUGCUGUUGCUAGCUACAUAGCACUCUUUCCUAAAAGACUUAAGUGCUCCUUGCCCCACCAUGAACAGAGAUGUUUUUUCCAAGUUUGUUUUAAAAGGGCAUCAAGUAAGUGUAGGCGUUUUUCAAAGAUGUAAACAAAUUAAAAGUUUAGCAUUUGUAUGAAGCUUAUGCUAGCUUUUAACAAUUUUGUUAUUUUAUUAUUAAUAGAUGAGCAGUAUUUAAUAUAAAAUAAAAUUGGGCCAGUUGGAUAUACAGGUAAAAACACCAAGUGCUUUUUUUCCCCCACUUGACAUUGAAGUUUAUCAUUGAUAAUGUGCUGUAAGGUAAUCAUUUAAUGCAACUCUUUCCCCUCCUUAAGCUUGAACUUUUCAGUCAAAAACCACCAAUCACUGCAGCACAAUUCAGAUUGCAAAGUACUAGGCAUCAUUUCCCUACUAUUACGAGAUGUGCAUGAUAAGUCCAUUUUAGGGACGUACUAGCGACUGAUGUUUGUAACAAACAGGAAAGAACAGUUUCGACUCUAGAUGCGAAUUGCACCAAGGUGAUUUACUGGUGCUGAGUUUUUGAUUUAUUCUGGAAUUACUUUGUGUAUUUAAAUUUUUUAAAUUACUAAAAAAAAUUCCAUAAGCCUGCCCCACAUCACAUUAGAAUUUUCUUAGUAAUAUAACUAACCACGCAGUUCACGUCAGAAGCUGGUUUAGUAAAAAGCUGAUAUAAGAAACUGCACUUUAUCAGUUGGUUUAUUAAUAUAGUUCCAUCUUACAGCCUAUAAUUUUUUCAUGUUGAACUUGAACUUCAAAAUCCACCUCAUCCUGGUGCUUGAUUUCACAUGUUGAAUGUGUUGAGUACAGACAGUAACAUCCAUUUGGGGUUUGGAACUAAAGUUAAAAUGCUGCUAACCAUAUUUUGAACAGUCUGAUUUUUUUUUCCCCCUCAUCUCCUUUGUUUAAGUGACUGUUAUCCUUUAGUGGUAAUGGUAGACUCUUCUGAUUGUACACUCAAGUGGAAUUUGUAAAGUAGCACUUAAAGCCAGACUUUAAUUGCUUUAAGAAUUGAUGCCACAAAGCUGAGUGUGGAAAAUGUAGUGCUUACCUGUUUGUAAGCUUUCAUGGCAUAUACUCUUCUGUAGCCUCAGAAUGAUUUAUUUAAAUCUAAAUAAAUUUGUCAUUUUCAUA